UCUGGCUGGAAGCAAAGAUUCAUCUGUCGGCUUGUCAAAUGUUAAUUUUAGACAAAGAAAUUGUUUGCAUUCUUGUGUAAAGAUACCUACUUUUUUUUUUGAAAAAAUAAACAUAGACAAAAGGUUUCCACAAAAUCAUGGAUUCAGAGAAAAACUGCGUUUUUCAUUCGGAAAGUGGAGACAAAGAACAAGACGAGAAAUUACUUCAGCCCUUCACUUAUAUUCUCCAAGUUCCAGGAAAACAAAUCCGAGCGAAAUUGGCUCAUGCCUUUAAUUACUGGUUAAAUAUUCCGAAUGAGAAGCUUCAGGUUGUGGGCGAUAUCACUCAAAUGCUUCAUAACUCAAGUCUCCUAUACCAGCGGAAAAAACGUGGAUUGCCAAGGAAAUUUAUUCCAGGAUUUAAAAUAGAUGAUAUUCAGGAUAAUUCUAUUCUGAGAAGAGGAAUUCCUGUCGCUCAUUCAAUUUAUGGAGUCGCGAGUACAAUCAAUGCUGCCAAUUAUGUCCUCUUCAUUGCCUUAGAAAGAGUUCUAUCUUUGAAUCAUCCCGAGGCAACUCAAGUUUAUUCAGAGCAGAUUUUGGAAUUACACAGAGGCCAGGGUAUGGAAAUCUACUGGAGAGACAAUUAUAUUUGUCCGUCGGAAGAAGAAUACAGAAUUAUGACUAUCAGAAAAACUGGAGGUCUUUUCAAUUUAGCAGUUCGCCUGAUGAAACUUUUCUCUGAAUGUAAAGAAGAUUUUACACCGCUGGCUGGAAUUCUGGGCCUAUAUUUCCAAAUUCGGGAUGAUUACUGCAAUUUGUGUCUGCAGGAGUACUCCGAGAACAAAAGCUACUGCGAGGAUCUUUCAGAAGGAAAAUUUAGUUUUCCGGUCAUCCACGCGAUUCGAACUCAUCCAGAAGACAACCAAGUUAUGAAUAUCCUUCGACAGCGAACAAAAAACGUGGAAGUUAAAAGGUACUGUGUGAAUCUCCUCGAAAAAUUUGGAUCUUUCGAGUACACAAGAACCGUUCUUUCCGAGUUGAACGUGAAAGCAAGGGCUGAAGUGACGAGAUUAGGCGGAAAUCCCUUUCUAAUUUCCGUUUUGGACGAGCUACUCACCUGGAAUCGACCUGAGAACAUGGAAAUUCACCAAGCCCCCAAAGAUCUAGUUUAGAAAAAGGCUGUGCACUGACAAUUAGAUCAUUAAAUGAAAUAUGAAAUGCAUUUCGCAGGGAAAUCACAUUUAGAACAAAAUAGUAGAAACAACGAAUCAUUUCUACUUUUUAUUGUGAUUUAUUUAAAUAUUUUUGUUCAUUUCUAGUCCAAGUUCAAAGAAAAUUCAAAAUUGGAUAUAUGAAAGGUUUUUUUUAAACA